CCGGGACCGCACCCAGUCACUGGGAGAGGGAGCCUCACACUCACACAGACCCGGGCCAGGACCGGGACAGGGAGCGGGACCGGGACGGAGCGGGAUGUCCGGGAUGGCCCUGACCAUUUGCCAAGCCCGGCAGAGACGGGCCGGGAUCGGCUCCAAUGCAGCGGCCAGAGCCUUCCUGAAGCAGGAAUACUGCUCCCUGCGGGAUCACUGCCUCCAGACUGGAUCCCUGUUCCAGGAUCACUCCUUCCCGGCCAACGCCAGCUGCCUGGGAUACAAGGAACUGGCCCCCCACUCCUAUAAAACCAGGGAUGUCACCUGGCUCAGACCCCGGGAGAUCUGCUCCAACCCACAAUUUCUCAUAGAAGGAGCCACUCGGACAGAUAUCUGCCAGGGAGCUCUGGGUGACUGUUGGCUCCUGGCUGCGAUUGCCUCUCUGACCCUGAAUGAAGAGGUCCUCAGCAGGGUGGUGCCUCCUGGACAAUCCUUCGGUCCGGGCUAUGCCGGAAUCUUCCAUUUCCAGUUCUGGCAGUUUGGGGAGUGGGUGGACGUGGUGGUGGAUGACCGAUUACCCACCAAGGACGGAAAGCUGAUGUUUGUCCACUCGGCCGAGAGGAAUGAGUUCUGGAGCGCCCUCCUGGAGAAGGCUUACGCCAAGUUGAAUGGGAGUUAUGAAGCUCUGUCUGGAGGCUCGACGACGGAGGGAUUUGAGGAUUUUACUGGAGGGGUGUCGGAGUGGUACGAGCUGAAGUCUGCUCCUCGCGACCUCUUCCACAUCAUUGAGAAAGCGCUACAACGCGGCUCCUUGAUGGGCUGCUCCAUCGACGUAAGCACGUUCCCCACCCCCACAUCCCCCCCCCCAUACACCCUCACACACACCCCCACAUCCCCCCCCCCAUUGGUCUCUCUCUCUCUGUGUCUCCCCCUUCUUGCUCAGUAUAAGGGGGUGUCCAAUAUCCAUCUGCCUAAGAGUUACUUCCUGACCCACGGCUCCCGCGUACGUUCCGAGACCUUUAUCAAUCUGCGUGAGGUCUCGACUCGAUUCCAACUGCCCCCUGGAGAAUACCUCGUUGUGCCUUCCACCUUUGAACCUCACAAAAAUGGAGAUUUCGCUGUGAGGGUCUUCUCCGAGAAUCGCUCGCAGACAGAGGCGAUGGAUACUGACCAGGUCCGCGCUGAUCUCGAUGAGGAGGGGCCAGUCAAUGAGAACGAUGUCCCAGAGAACUUCCGGGCCCUCUUCCAGAAACUGGCCGGACCGGGCGGAGAGAUCACGACCUUUGGUUUACAGAGAAUAUUAAACAAAGUCGUGUCGAGCCGUUCCGACAUCCAGACGGACGGAUUUGGUCUGGAGACUUGCCGGAAUAUGGUCAACCUCCUGGAUAUGGACGGCAACGGGAAGCUGGGAUUGGUGGAGUUUAAGAAACUGUGGGACAAGAUUCAGAAAUUCCUGAAAAUCUACAAAAAGAAUGAUCUGGACCAGUCUGGCACCAUGAGCUCCAGUGAGAUGCGAGUGGCUGUUGAGGAAGCUGGUUUCCACUUGAAUAACCAGCUGACCCAGAUCAUUGUGGCCCGCUAUUCCGACGUGGAUAAUCUCACCCUUGAUUUCGAUAACUUUGUUUCCUGUCUGAUCCGGCUGGAGGCUGUUUUCAAAAUGUUUAACUCUCUGCCCAAGGACGGAGAUGGUCUUGUUGAGCUGGGAAUGCUGCAGUGGAUAACGUUGGUCAUGGGCUGAUGUUGCUGGACCAGCAGUGGAUGUGGAAGAACAAUUCCCAGUGGGACAGUGCUCCAUGGAAUGUCUGUUCUGUCUGAGGCAUACGCCCUGCUGGCUCUCUGGUUGUGUCUUUGGGAUCUUGUCCUUCCUCCCUGCCUCAGCGGCUGCUUGCAUUUCUAGCAGUGGGUCAUAUCGCCAGUGCACUGUGCUCUGCUCCCGGCGGUGGGAUUACCUCUUACUCUGUUGCCUAAACCUCAGCAUGGCUUUCUCUGAGGACCGGGUGGGUGGACCAACCUGGUCACUUUGUUGUAUUUCUGACUGAAUAAAAAUGGGUUGCAAACUCUCGGAGCACUCUGAACAA